CCAUCGCCAAGUUAAGUUCGUGUUUUCGUGUCUCUUGGUUUUUCGCGAAAUUCGUCUUUGGAUUGUUACUAACUAAUAAUUGUUGUUGUGCGUCGCGUUGUUCUGUUUUUUUUUAACUGUUUUUAGCGUGUGUCUGCGGCAGUGCGUGUGUUUGCCAGGCCAAAACGAAAAGCGAGGAACCAAAGCCAAAGAAAGCUAAGCCUAUCCCAACAACAACAAGUGCGCGAAAGCAGCCAGAAGGCAAAACAACAAUAAAGCAGCGUGGAAACAGCUGUUCGUUUCCUUUUUUCUCGGCCCGAAAAUGCAAAAUUAAUACAAUUACAAUGCGGCGGCGAUAAAACAAAAAUAAAAACAAGCAGAGAGCGGAGAGAAAAAAACAAAAAGUAAAAAGCAUUUACCGUUUAAACAGCAAGAACAACAACAACGACAACAAAGCCAAGAAGGAGAGGCACAAAGAGGAAGAAGAAGAGUUUGCGCAGUCACGUGUGCAGUCGACGUCGACGGCGGCCGCGGCAGAGGAAAAUUCCCAUGCGGAAAAUUCACAUUCGCGAUGAUGAUGGAAAGCGAGACGAUGAUGAUGAAGCUGUUGAAGGAGGGAAAACCAGCAGCAGCGGCAGCAACAACAACAACUAGCAGCUGUUAGAGCGAGACAGCUACCGCGUCAAUGUCCGACGAAGUGCCUUUGGGUCGCCUAUCGCAGAUCUUCGAUACGCUAACCAAUCUUCAGCAGCAACAGCAGCAGCACCUGCGUUCCCAGGAGCAACUGCAUCCUCCACAUCCGCAUUCACAUCCGCAUACACAUCCGCAGUCGCCUGCGGAUCAGCGUAGGAGAUCCGCCUCCUCAUCGCCAUCGCCAUCGGCCAGUGUCUCUGCCUCGACUUCUGGGCGGGCCACGCCUUCUUUGGGCGUGGCCAGCCCACUGAAUACACUGCAAUACUACAGUCAUAACGCCCAUAAUAACUAUUUGCUGCGGCCGCAAGAUGUCGCCACCAGUGGCUACCUGCACACCUUUCCUUCGCAUUUGUAUCAUCAUCAGCAGCAUCAUCACCAAGUGCACCACCUGCAGCAGCACAGCCAACCGCCCUCACUGCCCACCCAAUUGGGAGGCGGGGUAACCCAACGUGGCUGUCUAUCGGGCUCACAAUCGCUGCAGGGAUCACCACUUUUGGCCAAGAGGGCAACCUCCUUUAGUGGGCAAAUACCAAUGGCUCAGGGUCGAUUCGGAGCCACCGGAGGAGGAACUGGAGUCACUGCAUCCACACCGAAUAGCCCGAGGCUUCUGCCUCGACGUGUGCCACGCCCACCGCCCAUUCCGGCCAAGCCGAAUCAGGUGAAGACGGCGGCGGCAGCGUCGGAUCAACAACAGCCCAGGGAUUCUUCUUCGACUGCCCCGACGAUUGUUCAGUCGCAUGUGAAUCCCGUGCUGGCUGCUCUCGAUGCACCAGAUGCUCCAUGGCCACACUUUUCGACGCUCACCGAGCACUUGGACGUCCACCAGGUGAACAACUACGGACAGGCUCUGCCGGAGAUUAACUGGCAGGAACGAUGUUUGGAGCUGCAACUGGAGCUGCAUCGGUCGAAGAAUCAGGCGGGUCGUAUACGCGAUAUGCUGCGUGAAAAGCUAACGGAGCUGGAACAACGCGUCAUUGAAGCGGAAGAACGCGCCGAGGAAGCCGAAGAUAAGGUGCGUGCCAUGGAGCAGCGGCUGAGUGAGUGGCCCAAGCCACCGCCCCAGCAUCCGCAUCCGCACCAGCCAGUGCCAGCCAGUCAUCCGCAGGAGCAGCAGCAGCAGCAGCAGGCCAGAAGCAAUUGUUCGCCGAGCCAUCAGGUCGGAGGAGGAGCCACGGCAGCAGGAUCAACAGUAUCAGGUGCACCACCGCCCACCCAGGAGGCGGAGAAGACCAUCACUUCGCUGGAGAUCCAGGUGGAGGAACAGAGACAGCUGCGACUCCACGACGCACGACAAAUCGAGGCCAAGGCGGCCAAGAUCAAGGAGUGGGUGAACAACAAGCUACGCGAUCUCGAGGAGCAGAACCAGUUGCUGCGCGAACAGAACGUCAAGUGCAACCAGCAGUUGGAGCUGCUCAAGAAUCACAUAGCCAAUCAAUCGCAGCGCCACAGUAUCGUGGGUCCGGUGCGCAAUAGCCUCAGCCUAGACGUUCAGGACUUUGCCGGUUCGGGGUCCAAUCCCGAGCAUCGCAGGCGAAGCGAGAGUCUCGAUCCGCAGGAUCCCAUUAUUGGCCGACCGCUGACCAGCUCGUAUCCGCAUCACCAGCACAGGCGAAACCUCUCGAUGGAGCCGCAGGAAUUGGAACGAAAUCUGGUGGCCGCUGUCGAUGGCCUAACCCUUGCCCCGCUGUCCAGCAUCUCCAGCAAAGCUCCCGGAUCAGCUGCCAGGCCAGAUAGCUCCGAUACGGAUACGGCCCAUGAUUAUGCGGAGAUUUACACGCCAUCCUGCGAAAAGCUACCCGCCUGGAUGAAGAACAAUCCGGCAUUGAUGGCCAGUGGCGGGAAUUCCAGCACCACCACCACAACCACCAGUGAACUGGGCGUGCCACGGCCUCCGACGCCGCCGCUGCAUCGCUUUCCCAGCUGGGAGGCCAAGAUCUACCAGGUGGCCAACGAUGGACUGGCGGGAGCUGGCGGAGGGACGGCGGAGAGUGCGGCCAUUCAGGAGCCAGAUAUUCAAGAGGGAACGGGCACGGGAACGAAUCUCUCCAAUGGCCGACGACAUGGUCACAGUCAUGGAUCUGGAACGGGAACGGUAACGGCGGGAACUGGGGAUGGGCACGGUACCCUGGGCAGUACACCGGGAACGCCGCUGCCACCGUCGAGGCAACAACAAACCGCCAGCGGCGGCUUCUGUGAUAUAUCCGUGCCCGUCUACGCAACGGUCAAGGGUCGAGCCUCGCAGAUCCGCUCGAUGCCAUUUACGGGCGAUUCGAGCGAUGACUCCAGUGAUGGCGAGGACCAUGCGGUGAUGCUCACCCAUCAUUCACACAACUCGUCGAGCACCGAGAACACGGAGACCUCGACAUCGGGCAGCGCUUCGAGUCCCUCGAAGAGCCUGAAGACCUCCUCUAGCCUAAGUCCGGCCAAGCGAAGUGGUUCGGAGAGUCCCAAGAACGCGAAGGCGCGUGUCCACCUCCAACCACGCACCACAUCCACCAGCCACACCAACCAACAGCAUCUCCAACCGCAAUCGUUCCAUACGCAUACGCACCACCAACACCACACACUGCCCCACCAAUACCAAGUCCAGAAUCAUAACCACCAGUUGGGGGCCUACACGCUGGCGCCUUCGAGUGGGCAGAUAACGCUGCCGCGUCCCCAUGGCCACGCCCUCCAAACUCCAACCGCCUCCAAAGCCCCCUCACCCCUCCAGCAGCACAUGCGUGGCACAGUAAUUUCAGAUCUCUCCUUUGAAUCAGGCCUCUCGGACGACUACGCCCUGCCCCCCGACGCCGUGUCGGAGUCCACGUGCAUGGACGCCUCGAUGCCGUCGCUGUUGAUGCGACAGUCCUACGUGGAUUCGCCCAGCAAAAAGAUUGAGUCGCUGGAGAAGAUGGGUCACCUGGCCAAGCUGGGUGGCAAGCUGAAGACUUGGCGCAAGCGUUGGUUCGUUCUAAAGAACGGAUCCCUCAACUACUGGAAGAGCCAGCACGAUGUGCAGCGGAAGCCCCAGGGGCAGAUCCAACUGGACGAGGCCUGUCGCAUCAAUCGGGCGGAGGGAGCCUCCACCUUCGAGAUAGACACGGGCAAGAAGGUCUACUACCUCACGGCGGACUCGCAUGCCACCAUGGACGAUUGGAUCCGGGUGCUGCAGAAUGUGCAGCGAAGGAAUGCCACCAAGCUGCUGCUGAGUCGCGAUGACCAGAAGCCGACGGUGCAGGGUUGGGUGACCAAGGUGAAGAACGGCCAUCCCAAGAAGUGCUGGUGUGUGCUGUUGGGCAAGAUGUUCCUCUACUUCAAGGCUCCUGUUGAGACGAAUCCCCUGGGCCAGAUUAAUAUGCGCGAUGCCCGAGUCGAGGAGGUGGAACACGUUUCUGACUCGGACUCCGAGGAGCGAGAGGAUGCCGCCCAGGAUCAGGCCCGACUCACGGUGGCCAUCUAUCCGGCGCACCAGGGACCAACCUACCUGAUCCUGUCCGGGAAGCCAGAGCGGGAUAAUUGGCUCUAUCACCUAACUGUCGUUUCGGGCGGCGGCCCAAGUGCUGGCACCCAGUAUGAACAGCUCGUACAGAAGCUCAUGGAAACGGAUGGCGAUCCUAACUGCGUCCUGUGGCGCCAUCCCAUUCUGCUGCACACCAAAGACACCAUCACCGCGCCGCUCUCAUCAAUGCACACGGAAACCAUGCAGCCGGAGGCCAUUAAGCUCUUCAAGAGCAUUCAGCUGUUCAUGUCGGUGGCGGUCAACCAGCCGGGCAUCGAUUACCACGUGGUGCUCGCCCAGAACGCCCUGCAACAUGCUCUGGAUAUGCCCGAGCUGCAGACGGAGAUGAUCUGCAUACUGAUCAAGCAGACCUCCCGCCACAUGGGCCAGAAGCUCAGUGUCGGCGUCCAGGUAAACAAGAAGCUGGGCAAGCAAACGCGCCAACUACUGUUGUGCGCCACCCAAAGCCUAUUCACCUGUGAUACCCAACAGGCGGGCCACGCCCAAGCCAACGGCAGUUCGCCCACCUCCAUACAGGCUCCUGCUGCCACGCCCAUAAUCGACUGCAAAAGCAACCCGCCCGCCUACAGCUUCGUCCAGGGCUGGCAGCUCCUGGCCCUGGCCGUAUCCCUCUUUGUUCCGCGCUCGAGUCGCCUGCUGUGGUACCUCAAGCUCCACUUGUCCCGGAAUGCGGAUACAAAGACAGAGACGGGCAAGUACGCCGCCUACUGUGAGCGCGCGCUGGAGAGGACGCUUAAGAACGGGGGCCGCGAGACGAAACCGUCGCGGAUGGAGGUUCUAUCGAUUCUCCUGAAGAAUCCCUACCACCACUCUCUGCCGCAUGCGAUUCCCGUGCACAUGAUGAACACCACCUACCAGGUGGUUUCCUUUGAUGGCUCCACCACCAUCGAGGAGUUCCAGGCCACUUUGGCCCACGAACUGGGCACGCGGGAUGCCAGCAAUGGGUUCUGCCUAUUCAGCGACGAUCCAAUUGAGAAGGAUCUGGAGCACUACCUGGAGCCGCUGGCCAAGCUGUGCGACGUGAUCAGCAAAUGGGAGACGGCUUUAAGGGAGAAGGGAUCGGGGAAGUUUGAGAAUUCGCGGGUGAUCCAGCUGAGCUACAAGAACCGUCUCUACUGGAAGCACACCAUUAAGUGCGAGACGGACAAGGAGCGCCUGCUGCUGUGCUACCAGACCAACUCGCAGAUUGUCCAGGGCCGAUUCCCGCUAUCCCGGGAGUUGGCUUUGGAGCUGGCCUCGCUGAUGUCCCAGAUCGACAUGGGCGACUACUCGCUGGAGAAGUCCCGCGACGUGGGCGUGGGCCUGAAGGGUCUGGACAAGUUCUACCCGUAUCGCUAUAGGGACGCUUUGGGCGCCGAGCAGCUGAAGGAUGUGCAGGAGCUGCUGGUCUCCAAGUGGAUGCUGCUCAAGGGUCGCUCCACGCUGGACUGUGUGCGCAUUUACCUCACCUGCUGCCGCAAGUGGCCGUAUUUCGGAGCCUGCCUGUUCCAGGCGAAGCCCAGACAGAGCCCAGAAUCAUCCAUGGGCACCACGGGAGCAGCCACUCCGGUUGCCUGGCUGGCGGUGGCCGAGGAUGCCCUCAACGUACUCGAGCUGUCCACCAUGGCGCCGGUGGCCAGGUAUCCAUACAGUUCGGUGAUGACCUUUGGCGGCUGCCAGGACGACUUUAUGCUGGUGGUUUCCCACGACGACGGCAGCGGUGAGCAAAAGCUCCUGUUUGCCAUGAGCAAGCCCAAGAUUCUGGAGAUCACGCUGCUCAUAGCGGACUACAUGAAUGCACUGGGCCACACGGUGCCAGGAACGCCGCAGAUGAACUCGCUGACCCGCAACGGAUCGCAUCGCUCGCUGCGAGCCUCCCAGCGUCCGACUUUGGGGGCCGGCGGCUCGGCGGUGGCCACCACCACCGGGUUCUCCACGAACGCCACCACCACGGCCCACAACACGCUCAAUUCGCAUGCGACGCACACGCUCAACUCGAACCACUCGCACACGCUGAGCAGCUCCCAUCACGCCGGCGGCGGCGGAGGAGGAAGUCAGCCGGGCACACUGAGCUCGGGUCAUCAUCAUCCUCAGCACCACCACCAUCACCAGCAGCAGCAGCAGCACCACCAGCCUGAUAUACUAAAGAGCACGCCGGAUCAUCAGAGGAUCAAGUAGAUUGGAACUAAGAUUCCUAAUAGAUCGAGAAGAUAGUAGAGAAGAUGGGAGGAUCAUUGUACAUAGACGGAGGAUCGGAUCACAGCUUAACAGACAUAUACGACUAAACAGAUACAUAUGCACCAGCCUAGUGGCAACAAAUAUACACCUAAAGAUAGAAAGAUAGAAAGAUAUAAAGAUAGAUGGAUAGAUGGAUAGCGGUAGAGAGACGACGUAGCGUAAUCGGCCUGGGUUGGACCUUCUUCUCCUUGCGCACCACUCACUAAAGUUCUCUUUCCUAAGCUAACAACGGUACUCGUACUCUAAAUCUAAAUUGUAAACAAAAACAGCAGCAGCAGCAAGCAUAUUAUAUAUAUAUUAUAAAUUUAAUUUUUUUGAAUAGUCCUAAGUCCACGUACCCCAAAAAAUGCAAGAGGUAUGUGAAGAAGAAGAAACUUAAACGUAAACAGAACAUGAAUCUCAAUGUUUAGAUUGUUCUUGUUCUUGUCUUAUUAUUACCUAUUAUUAAUAUUAUUUUUUUGUAUUUUUUUUAACCAACAAACAAGCAGCCACAAUGCAAAACAACCUA